AUGACGCCGCGAAAGCAACCACCGCCCGAGUCGCCGUCCGACAUCCGGCGACGCACCCAUGUCAUCCUCUCGUUCUGGCUGAUCAUCCUAUUCCUGGGCCUGCCCAUAUGGUGGUGGACGACGACCAUCUAUCGAGCUCGUCUCCCGUUGCAGGAGAUGCUCGAAUGGGCCGACGGCAAGGCCUGUCGCCCCGUCUUCCCCCUACGCAUCUCGAUCCAAGCCAACUCGCUCCAGGAGCAAGAAGCCCAAAACCUGCUUCGCCUAACGCAACAUGCGCUGGACGACCUCAACGAUUUUUCUGGUCAUCAUUUGCGCUUGCAAUUGUCUCCCCCUUCCAGCGAUGCUAAGCAGACUCACGAUAGCGGGAGCGCCCUAACCAUCCGCCUAAUCCCCGGCGAGACGACGACCGCUACGCUUGACCCACUUGAGCCGGUUCUCGAUAUUACAUACCCACCCAAUGCCAUUCCCCUGCCCACUUCAUCCUCCUCCACCCUUGCGACCUAUGUUGCCGCCCAGCUACGCUCGACCUUCGCCGAGGAGCAAGCCACAAUAUCGUACCUUCUGUCCACCAACGCGAUCCCUUCCGAACAUCGUCCACAAGGUCUUUCGCCCGAAGCCGCCGAGUCCUUAUCCAAGCGCACCACGAGGUCGCUGAAAUACGCGCCGACAUACCACCUCACCUUCUCCCUUUUCACGAGCGGGCCGCUGCCGAGCAGCUGGGACAUCGAGGCCGCCAUCGAUGAGUACAUGAAGCCCGUGCUCGACGUUCUAUCGCCGAUUCAUAAUUUCACCAUCGACACGCAGGUGCAGUUGUACGCGACGCCGGGUGUCCAGAACCAAGUGCUCAACAAAGAGGAUCUGUCGUCCUUCAUCAACGCGGCCGAGUGGCCCCUUUCACCUUCGAUUGGCGGCGCUCCAACAAUCAAUUUCAUCGUUUUUGUUGGAAACCAGACUAUUGCCGCCGCAUCUCAGAGUCCAGAAGACGCCAGCGGAUCCGAGUCGUCAGCGGCGCACUCGUGGCUUAUCCCACAGUGGGGCACCGUCUACCUGCUGUCCCUCCCUCUCGACGUGACGCACCUCUCGGUUGCGUCUCUGAAGCAGCCUUUGCUGACCUUCACAUCCCACCUGCUAUCCCUCACCGGCACCCCGCAGUCGGGCUCCCUCCCGCUGCGCCUGUCGACUCUGGCACGGAUCCGCUCGGCGGACCUGCUUCUGCGGGCGUCGUCGACGCUGGGCUCGCUCGCGCGGCUGGCGCUGGCGCUGCCGUCCAUCUCGAUUCCGCGCAGCGUCGCCGACGGCGUGGCCAAGACCAUGGCGCACCUGCGGCUAGCGUGCGAAACGCUGGGGGGCGCCGAGGGCCUGGCGCACGCGCGCAUCGCCGAGGCCGAGGCCGAGCGGGCUUUCUUUGAGAAGAGCAUGGUCGGGCAGCUGUAUUUUCCGGACGAGCACAAGAUCGCCGUCUAUCUCCCCCUGCUGGGCCCCGUCGCCGUGCCCUUGGUCCUGGGGCUCAUCAAUGAGCUCAAGGCGUGGAGCAAGAGAAGGAGGGAGAUGGCGAAGCGGGGGGAGGAGAAGAAGAGGGAGUAG